GAAAAGGAGUGGUCAUGUGACGUAUGGAUUGUUUCGCGAAACAUCUUAGCUAGCUGCACAGCUAGCUAAAGUAUCUAAUCAUAAUUACAUUUUAUAACGCAGCAUAAUUUAAAUACAUUUGAAUAUUAAACUUCCAGCAGAGUCAUGAAUGGGAGUACAAAUCCGCUGUUGGACAAAGAAGAACAUGUUUUGAAGCUCGGAGAGAGCUUUGAGAAGAGGCCAAAAUCGUCAUUUCACACCAUCAGAUAUGAUUUCAAACCAGCUUCAAUUGACACAAGCUGCGAGGGAGAGUUGCAAGUCGGUAAAGGAGAGGAAGUCACCAUCACAUUACCUCACAUUCCAGUAAGAGGCUCUACACCACCCAUGACAGUAUUCAAAGGGAAUAAGCGGCCAUAUCAGAAAGACUGUGUUCUUAUCAUCAAUCAUGACACUGGGGAGUACAUGCUGGAGAAGUUGAGCAGCAGUAUCCAGGUCAAGAAAACCAGAGCGGAGGGCAGCAGUAAGAUCCAGGCCAGGAUUGAGCAGCAGUCGGUGCGUGCCACUGCCACCCAGCCUCCAGCGCAGUUCCGUGCCCCCACUAAGCCUGGUGCAGGGGCCAAGACCUCCCCCUCCCCUUCCAAGGACAACCCCUCCCCUGAGCCCCAACUAGAUGACAUCAAGAGAGAGCUGCGAGCGGAGGUGGAGGUUAUUGAACAAAUGAGCAGCAGUAGCGGCAGCAGCUCAUCUGACUCGGCCAGUGGCUCUGGUAGUGGGGACGACAGCUCUAGCAGUGAUGGGGAGCAUGACACCCCUCACCCCCAACCUGUCCCACUCCCUCUCCCCCACAUCCAGCCCUCCCCCAACCGUAACCCCAUGGCCAACGGAGGAGCAGACAGGCAACAGGGCAGCAACCAGCUGAUGAACACGCUCAGGAAUGACCUCCAGUUGAGGGAGGGGCUUAUUUGGACUAUAUCACCCCCAUCGUCCCUAUUUAUCUGGAAAUCAAAAGAAGGCACUGAAAGCAUUUCACCCAUUCCAUGUUUUUAUCAGUAUCUUUCAAAAUCAGUCUUUUAAGAGGCCAGGAUACAGCUCACAUCGAUCUAAGCUAUAGAGGAUACUAAAGGACAUACUCAUAUUUUUCAUGUAAAAUCAGUUUAAAUUGACCACUUACUAAAGGUUUUAGCUGGAAUAUUGACCUGUUCUGGUGAAUCAGCAACAGGUAAAUGGUAGUAAAUGAGCCUGGGUCAAUCCUUUACAUGUCAAAGCACUUUAGUUUAAUUGUAAUAUCAUCAUUUUCAGCAGUUUCCAYCUAAAAUAUUUUGCAUUGCUUUUAACAGCACCUUUCUGACCUAACAGUUAAAUGCAACUAACAACCAGUACUUAGAGUUAAUCAUACCCUUUAUAGCUAAUAUUCUACUAUUUCCACAUCUAUCAUUUGACUUUCUGAUUCUGUCUCACUCAAUAGCUAGGUUGCCAUCCAAUUGGCGACAGAUUUUCAUGCGAACAUUCUAAAAUCUGCAUUAAAACAACAUGUGCCUAUUCCCUCCAGAGAUGUUACCAUCAAAUCGAUUUGUUGCGGAUAACAGUCUGUGCGUGAUGAUGUAGUAGUGCACAUACAAACAACUUUGCGGAUUCAAUUACCAUUGAAUAGAAGUUUAAUGGGUUUCCAUCGCAUUUUAAACUACUAAUGUUGCGUUAUAUUGCGAAUCUCUGGUCUUUGCACGUGCGCUCUAGCCAACAGCUCGCAGGUAGGCUAGKCUACAUGAGAUUAUUAUAGAUAAAGCGUGAUUAUUUUU